GCACCGGCCGGCGGCAUGGAGAAGCCGGGCGAGAGCUGGAACGGCCACGUGCCGGGCGGCGCCCUGGCCGGGCUGGAGGCGGCGGCGGAGCCGGCCCGGCGGCGGGGCCGGGGCUGCGGGCGCUGCCUGAGGAAGCACUGCCUGGUCAUCCUGACCGUGGCCGGCGUGCUGCUCGGGGUGGCCCUGGGCGCGGCCGUCCGCGGCGCGCACCUCAGCCGGGCGCAGGUGGCCGCCCUGGCCUUCCCCGGCGAGCUGCUGCUGCGCAUGCUGCGCAUGGUCAUCCUGCCGCUGGUGGUCUGCAGCCUGGUCUCCGGCGCCGCCAGCCUGGACACGCGGGCCCUGGGCAAGCUGGGCGGCAUCGCCGUCGCCUACUUCAUGGGCACCACCCUGGUGGCCUCCGCGCUGGCCGUAGCCUUGGCCUUCAUCAUCCGGCCGGGGGCUGGGGCCCAGGCGCUGAACACCAACGCCCUGGGGCUGGCCGACGCGCUGCCCACCAACAAGGAGACGGUGGACUCCUUCCUGGACCUCGCCAGAAACCUCUUUCCUUCCAACCUGGUUGUUGCAGCUUUUCGAACGUAUGCAACGGAUUAUAAGAUAAUAGUAAGAAACAUCUCUGUUGGAAAUGUUACGUUUGAGAAGAUCCCUAUUGGCACAGAGAUUGAAGGGAUGAAUAUUCUGGGACUGGUUUUGUUUGCUCUGGUUUUGGGAGUAGCUUUGAAAAAGCUUGGUCCAGAAGGAGAAGAACUGAUUCGUUUCUUUAACUCAUUCAAUGAGGCAACUAUGGUCUUGGUGUCUUGGAUUAUGUGGUAUGUGCCUAUUGGCAUUACGUUCCUUGUUGGAAGCAAGAUUGUAGAAAUGGAAGAUAUUGUCCUUCUGGUAACCAGCCUGGGAAAAUACAUCUUUGCCUCAAUUCUGGGUCACGUCAUCCAUGGAGGAAUCAUUUUGCCACUUAUAUAUUUUGCAUUCACACGCAAAAAUCCUUUCAGCUUUCUCUUAGGACUUAUAACACCAUUUGCAACAGCCUUUGCCACGUGUUCAAGCUCAGCUACUCUCCCAUCAAUGAUCAAGUGUAUUGAAGAAAACAAUGGAGUAGACAAGAGGAUCAGUAGAUUCAUCCUUCCAAUUGGGGCCACUGUGAACAUGGAUGGAGCUGCUAUAUUCCAGUGCGUGGCAGCUGUGUUUAUUGCUCAGCUGAAUAAUGUUGACCUCAAUGCUGGACAGAUCUUUACUAUUCUUGUGACUGCCACUGCAGCCAGCGUUGGAGCGGCUGGAGUCCCAGCUGGAGGAGUUCUGACCAUUGCUAUUAUCCUGGAGGCCAUUGGACUUCCCACCAACGAUCUAUCCUUGAUAUUAGCAGUGGACUGGAUUGUGGACCGAACCACCACUGUUGUGAACGUUGAAGGAGAUGCCCUGGGAGCAGGUAUCCUCCAUUAUCUGAAUCAAAAAGAAAAGGCGGCGAAAGAGGAGGAGCUAAAUGAAGUCAAUGUAGAAGCAAUUCCCAACUGCAAAUCUGAAGAGGAAACAUCACCUCUGGUAACACACAGGAACCAAGUCCCCACCCCAGCCAGCACUGCGGAGCCAGAGUCAAAAGAAUCAGUACUGUGAACUCGGGGAAAACUUGCAAACAGGUGGACUGCUGCCUUGUUAACAUGCUAGACCAUUUACACUGCAGUUAGGGACUGGCUGUGUGUUCACCUUUUGAGUUUCAGUGGCAAUGAUUUGAAGCUAUAGACUUGUUAGGCGUGUGUCUAUCUGUCUCUCCCUGGAGAGAGCAAUCACUUCAUUAUGAUGUUAUGAUGUUUCCUACAACACAGGUAUGUGUGUGGUGUGUGUACAUGCAUACAUGUGUAUGACAACAGUACCAAUAAGGAUUCUUUUUGGGGGUUAAAAAGAUAUUUAUUAGUAAAAGUCCAUGGGGAGGGGAAAAGAGGCUAAACCGAGAGAAUAUACUGGUUGUAGAUGGAAUUUGCACCACAAACAGGUCUGAGAACUAGGGGAUCCCGAAUGGCAGGGGAAUGUUAUGCAGGAGCCAGUACUUUCUCAGAAACACCUAUUUAAUAGUAUCUAAUGGGAAAAUAGAAAGUGCAUUUCUAACACACACAUACCCUUGUCCUUUGUGCACACGUUACAGCAAAUAAAUGCUGAAGAUCAGUCAUUUUAAAAUCCAAAUUAAUAGCUCAGGGGAAUCUGAUCUUCAUUCUAUUGCCAAGCAACUUUAUCAAAACAUCCCCAGGAAGUAGACAUUGUGGCAGCGUUCGCACUCUAUUCUCCUAGCUUUCGGUGAUAGAAAUCAGCCCCGCAACUUUAAACUCUAAAAUAACAAAGAUUGGAAGCAGACAAAAGAUCUGCUUUGCGCCGUAUUUAAAACUGACCAACCAAUUUUAAGCCAGUUUUGGCAAAGUAAUUACACUUCUAUAGCAAGUUACAGUAUAACUGCGUCUACAAGAGAAUUGUCUAUAACAACCCUGAGUGACAAAGAAUUCAGCUGUAUGCACCUAAACACACACAGGCAUCUACUGCCGCUAGAAACUUGUUCAUGUUACUUUAAUGGCUCAAAUCAGACGUACUGGGACACAUCCUUUUCCAAGCAAGAUUUCUCAGACGAGAAAGGAAUGUAAAAACUCAAAAUGUGGAAACUGAUGAAAAAUCCAAAGCAUUAUCCCCCGGCUGUCCAGACUAGGGACUACUGAUGGCAGGAGAGGGGAAGGCAUGUGGAAUCCAGUGAUUCCUGGUAAUUGUCCUUGCUCUUGGCACGGCUUUGCCUGCCCCUCUUUGCAUGCUGCCCUGGUGUCCCUGUCCCUUUUGAGCAGCAUAGCCAGCUUGACAGAGGUGCCGCUGUUGGACCCCUUGUCUGCAGCAGUUCACUCUUAUUGUGUCCGUUCUUAUCACGGGAGGUGGAAGAAGCCAUAGGCCAGGACUUAAUGGGGAAAGUUUUAAUUCCUACAGGGUCUUCUGCCUGAAAUAGAACCAGCUGCUCCCUGACCUCUACACUGCCCGCACAGGGCCAGAGCCACAGCUCACUGGAAUCAGUGGCCAGACUGCCACUGAGACAGGGCCUCAGGAUGAACACUGUUCAAAGGGUGGGGCUUCCCUUUCCUCACAAGUCAAUGCAAUGCAUAGCCCCGGCUCCUCUCUGUGUGAGCCUCCCAGGCGUGGUUAGCAUGAUUAUUGCUUGUGGAACAGAGGGGAGCAGUUGUGCUGUUGUUGGCAGCUUGUCUCAGCAAUGAACAUUUACCCUAGGUAAAAAGUAGCAAUUCUCUCCCUUAGUCUUCCUUUACAAACUGCUACACAAGGUGUACACAGGGAUCACAGCCCACACCAAUGAAACGCAGCCACCUGUGAGGUGAAAUGAAUUGUGCACAGCAAUGCUACACACGUGCUUAAGAUAGGAAGCGAUGAAUGAGUCAGUCAGCUCUGAAACUGCACAUAGAAUUUAUUCUUUUGAUUUAAACCCAUGUUCUUAAAAAAAGAGCCCACGACACUCCUUGACUCGUUUUAAAAAAUAUAGUGGUAUAAAGAGACUCCUUGCGGGACUCUCCUUUGCCCAAUAACUAACGUGCUCACCACCCAGCACCUAACAGUAAUGUCACAAUCUUACAAUCCCCCAUAAGAUUCCUCCCAGUUCCUCUCAGCUCAGGAACACAAAAGGGGCCUUACCACCUGUCCUGAAGGUCUACGCACUAGGGAUAUUUUGGACCAACGUGGGGUAUGACUCUUAGAUUGGCGGGCCCCUGGCAGAAUACCCUGCCCCCUCUCUCUGCAGUGCCAACCCAGUUGUCCCUAUUCCACAGUCCCAACUGUGGCAGCAUAGCGUGUUCAUUAGGUCCCAGGCCAUUGAACGCCUUAUAGGGCAAAGCGCAUAGUUCAGAUUCUACACGGUACCUGAUAGGUUACCAGGGCCGAUCCAAAAGCUGGGGUGUUAUGUGUUCCCCACAGGAUGUACCCUGUAACUAACGAGCUGUGGAAUUCUGCACUAGCUUCAGUUUCUGGAUAGAUUUUAGAUGGAGCCUCAUGAAAAGCACAUUGCAUUAGUUACAUUUUGGGAGCUAGGCUAAUUACUGGAGCUGGAAUUUAACCAAGGCCAACACUCCUGCUUGUGCAAAAAAGUGCCAGAGGAUUUGUAUGGACCACAAGAUUGUUGAAGACCAUUCUUCUUAAUGUUCAAGAAAUCUGGAAUCUUGCAGGUAGCAAAACUAUUGUGCAAUGGGCCAGUCCUUUCAUUAUUCUAAUGUAGCAAGAGACAUCCAAGAGAUUCCCUGGAAAAUCACUUUCUCGGUGCCAGUCAAACUACAUAUUUCUUUUGAUAAUCCUUGUCAUAAGUAAUAUUUCUCAUUGUCUGCUCUUACACAUGAUGUUACUUGCCUUAAACAUUGUGCAGUCCUAUAUGACGGCUUUGUCAUUUCCACUUGGGUGUUCCUUUUGUUUGUACUCUUUGAGGUGCAUGUACAAUGCAAAAUUGUAAUGGAUCCAAGGUUAUAGUAUCUUUAAUGCAAAUGAGAUUGUACAUUUUAGCAUCUGUCCUUCUUGUAACGUGGGGCCUGAUCCAAAAUGCAGUUAAGAAACUUUCUGUUCACUUUACUUGACAUUAAAUCAGGUCCUUAAAAUAACAUUACAAAAAAAAUUAUAUAAAAGGUCCUUGAAGCGUCUUCACUGUUCUUACUGUGUAGGACUGGCCUGGUUUUCGGCUAUAGUACUUAUGAUGCACCAGACCGUAUUACACAAAGAACACCGUAUUUCAGAGCACUUUACAGAAGCUGUGGCAAAGGGACUGCAUGCUGGCAGACAAAGCAGCUGUUGUGUGCUCGCAGCCAGGCCAGUAAAGCCAAUCACAUCUGUACUGCUGCCAGCACAGAUCACCAGGAUUUCUUUGUAAUAUUGAUACAAUCUGUAAACAAUUCCAAUUCCUUUGCAUUAAUGUGUAUAAUUGAGUUGUACAAUUUCACUGGUCCCUUCCUCGAUUUGUCUCCAGGCUGAAAACAUGUUGAGUCAAUUGAUUUUCCUGCCAUUAAUAUACCAGUUCCUUUGUAUGAAA